AAAAACCGACAAGAGGAAAGGAAAACCAACAUAAAAAGAUGAAAGCAGCUUUGCUAAAUUCUCUGAAUGCAGCAAAGACAGCAACAACAAAUACAGUAAAAAGCCCAAAAGUUGAACACCCAAACAAUCUGUAAACUAAGGGAAAUCAGCCAGCCUAGGCGCAUUCCCAACCUCAAUUUACAAUUCUCAAUCAAAAACGCCAAGAGAAUUUUUAAGGCGAGCCAUUGACAGCAGCUGGUUGCAUUUGACAUGAAGGCCAACACAUGGCCAGGAGCGUCGAUCAAAGUCUUCUAAUUGAACUAGAGGAAGUGUCAACCUUGACCGCCGCAGCGACAGCCGUAGCCAAAUCAUCCAGCAUGGAUAACAAUACAGUCUAUUCGUACGAUAUAUCCAUAACGGACGUGCUCUAUCAAUGGAGCGCAGCGGCCAGCGGUGCACGUGCCAUUGCCCAGUCGGCAGCAUCUGGCCCAUUGCCCACAGCAUCCGUUGCCGCCGUGGCAGAACGUUUGCCAGAGCUUGUCGGCUCAAUGCUGGAGACACGCGCCUCCCAGGCCAGCCUCAAUGAAUCACAAUUUCUGCUGGUGGACUAUGCGAACAGUAUGAACGACAGCCUCGACUAUGCCUCCUAUCAGCAACAGCUGGGCAGCAGCGAGUGUCGUCAAAUGGACGGCAAUAUGAGCUAUUGGAAUCUCACCUGCGAUUCACCAUUGGACUACGCACUGCCGCUUUACGGCUACUGCAUGCCCUUCCUGCUCUUCAUGACCAUAAUAUCCAAUUCGCUGAUUGUGCUUGUGCUCAGCAAGAAAAGUAUGGCAACGCCCACCAACUUUGUGCUAAUGGGCAUGGCCAUAUGCGAUCUGCUGACGGUUGUAUUCCCCGCGCCCGGCCUCUGGUAUAUGUAUACAUUUGGUAAUCAUUAUAAGCCCAUGCAUCCGGUCUCCAUGUGUCUGGCCUACAGCAUUUUCAAUGAGAUUAUGCCUGCUAUGUGCCACACCAUCUCUGUGUGGCUGACUCUGGCGCUAGCCGUGCAAAGGUACAUUUACGUCUGUCAUGCUCCGAUGGCACGCACCUGGUGCACCAUGCCGCGAGUAAGGCGUUGCACCUUCUACAUAGCCCUGCUGGCGUUUUUGCACCAGCUGCCGCGCUUUUUCGAUCGCACCUAUAUGCCCAUGGAGAUCGAGUGGAACGGCAACGAGACGGAGGUUUGCCAUCUGGAGACAUCGCUGUGGGUGCAUGAGUACGUUGGCGUGGAUCUCUAUUACACCAGCUACUAUCUAUUCCGAGUACUAUUUGUCAAUCUGUUGCCGUGCAUUAUUCUGGUGACGCUCAACAUUCUGCUGUUCGCUGCCUUGAGGCAGGCGCAGGAGCGGCGCAAGCUGCUGUUCCGCGAGAACCGUAAGAAGGAGUGCAAGAGGCUGAGGGAUUCCAAUUGCACCACUUUGAUGCUGAUUGUUGUCGUCUCGGUCUUUUUGAUUGCUGAAAUACCGAUUGCCGUCGUUACCGCUAUGCACAUUGUUAGCUCGCUGAUCAUUGAAUUCCUGGACUAUGGUAUUGCCAACAUAUUUAUAAUGCUGACCAAUUUCUUUUUGGUGCUUAGCUAUCCAAUUAACUUUGGCAUAUAUUGCGGCAUGUCGCGACAGUUUCGCGAGACAUUCAGGGAGAUAUUUAUGGGGCGCGUCGCUGGUAAAAAGGAGAGCUCGUCCAAGUACUCUAUUGUGAAUGGCCCCCGCACCUGCACCAACACCAACGAGACUAUCCUCUAGUAAUUGGUGAUGUUGGUGCCGCGGCGCGGCAGCAGCGACCAGCGUCGUGGCACCGCCGUAUGCACCGCCGUUGCCGAGGGCUCCGCCGUGACCACGUCGGAGGCACAGGGCAAAGCGCCGCAGCAUCAGCAUCUGCAGUUGCAUCAUUACCAUCAUCAUCAUCAUCAUCGUCGGACAAGCAACAUGGACAUCAUAACCGAGGAGCGCAAUGUCUAAGGUUUACCCACA